GGACCCUCCCCUUGGUGCCACCCGAGUCACUCCCGCCGCUGCCGGGGCUCCCCGAGAGGUUCUUCCCGUUCUCCGAUUAGAUUUCAGGAUGAAAUCCUUCCCUGUGAGGGUGGGAGGCCCUGGCACAGGACGCCCAGAGAAACUGUGACUGCCCCUGGAUCCCUGGAAGUGUCCAAGGAUGGGGCUUGGAGCAACCUGGGAUGGUGGAAGGAUGAAGGUUGAGCAUGUCACUGCUCCCCUGGGCUUUGCUGACCCACGUCGAGUUGAACUGCACUGAGGAGAUCCUAAUCCCCAAUUAGGACGUUUGUGUUGACUUUCUGCUGCUGGCUCUGACUUCCGAGUCAUUAGCCUCCAAAAAAAAAAAAAAAAAAAAAUUCCCAUUUUUCAUCUUUCCCCUCUUUGUGUGGCAGCAGAACCAGUUUGAAAAAUAUUUCUACACAGAGUAAUGGAGCAUUGUCCAAAUAAUCACAGUGAGAGAGGAGGAGAGUAUUGGUUGUGCUGUGGGGAGAGCUCCCAUCAGAGGGGGAGGGAAGCAGAGGAGGAAGGUGAGGAGGAAGGAAAUUCCAGGAGCUCCUUAAAGCACCAGCACAUCGUGGAGGGACCCAGAAAACUCCCAGAGAGCUUCAGGGCCAGCAGCGUGCGGGGUCCCCACACAUUUCCACUUGCAGGGCCAGGAUGAUCACAGGAUAUCGGGAUUUCCCUGGGGACAGCAGGUCAAACUCUGCCAGGAGCCCCUUCCCCGUGCCUGAUCCCGGGAAGGGAAACCCAAAAUAAAGAAGCCAAACCGUGGUCUGCCAGCCGUGGCAUCACACAAGGUCCUCCCGCAUCCCUUCGAGCCCCGUGGGUGCCGCUUCCCACCCCGAGUAGGAGCUGCUGGCCCCCAACCCCGUCUGCAGGAGGAAGCGGCUCCUGCUCCCAUUUCUUGCCCCAGGGGAUGGAAAAAGCCGCGGUGACCCCGCUGGAGAUCGUUGGGACGCGGGGACUGUUGAAAAUCAGCUCAGUUGAAAAUGGGUUUUGAAUGGGAAGAGGGAGGCGCUGAUCUCCUCGCUCAGGUGCGGGGCACAUGGAAUGGGGUGGAUAAAUAGUGAUGUGUGUCCCUUCCCAGAUCCCUAGCGCUGUCACAGCCCGGGAGCAUCACCCGUGUGGUGACAGGGACAGGAGGCAUCUCCUGCUCCUGUGUGAGCAUCCUGAACCUUUCCUGAAAGAGAAGAGCCUGUGGGAAUGUCAGCACAGCCUCGGUGCCAUGUGGGAUGUCACGGACACAUCAGAGCCGCCCCCCAGGGCUGACAGCGAGUGCCAGCCCCGGCCCUGGGGUGUGAAAUCCCCCCGGGUGUGACACAGGUGACACCUCGGGGAGCUGCCAGGACACGCAGCCUUGAGGCAGAUGUUUGAUCCCAACAUCUGGGCUGAGCAGCGAUAGCGCCGGAGGAGCGGGGUGUGGGAGCAGAGAAAUCCCCGCGGCUGGAACCGCCCCUCAGCCCCUCAGUCCCCCGGCUGGGCCGGUGCCUCCCUCAGGAGCUGCUGGGAUGUUUCCUCAUCCCGUCCCCGCAGGAAAAGCGGGACCCAGCGCCCAGAUAAGCGGAGCCGCUGGCGCCUGUGGCACCGGGACACGGGCUGGCCCUGCUCCCGGGGAGCUCCCGAGGUCCCUGCGGGGCAGACGGAGCCUUCAGCUCCCCUUUCAUCCCUGCCCCAGCCGGGCACCUGCCCACGUUUCACUCUUCUUCUUCUUCCUCCUCCUCCUCCCCCAUCCCUGCUGGGCAACCUCCCCUCCCUCUCCAGGAGCCACCCCAGCUCUCAGCUGGGGAAACUGAGGCAGGAGGCGAAGCAAACCAGGUUGUUCCCAAGGGGACAGCGGCAUCCAAUCCCCCAAACCUGGCUGAAACCCCCCAGGUGCAGUUUGGGAACCACCCAGGGACCCUUCACCCGGGCCGGGCCGGGCAGGGCAGGGCAGGGUGGGCGCACGGUGCCCUCGGAGCCAGCAGCCUCCUCUGGAAGCGCUCCCAGCUCCAGGGAUGAAUCACAUUUUCCCCUGGGAUCAGAUUGCAGCUCCCACACCCGAGGGGCCGGCUCUGGCAGCCGGACCCCGCGCCCUCGGCAAACACAGCGAGCGAGGGCACAGCCAUCCUAAAUCCUCCCGAAUCCCAUCCACGCUGCAAUUCCUUUGGACACGCCGUGGAGCUGCCGGCGCUGCCACAGCCCUGGAGUCGGGCUGGCACUUCCAGCCUGUCCCUGAAGAUCGGGCGGGCACAGCCGCAGUGGCAGUGGCAGUGCCAGGCUGGUGGUGGCAGUGCCAGCUGGGUCCCUGCCCUUGGGGCAGGUCUGCCGUGCUUGACGGGAAAAAAAAAAAUCCACCAGGAAGGGAAACAAAGCCCCAGGGCAGCAGAGAGGGGGUGAAGCGCCCCACGGCUGCUCUUUGCUCCCCACAGCCGGCGGAUCCCGCUGCCACUCAUCCCAACAGCCGCAUCUCAAACUCUCCGUCUCUCCAGCUCUCUCCUGCCUUUUCCUCGCCUCUGGCAGCGCCGGUAACACCCUCCAGCUCUAUUUACCGGAGCAAAGUCCACGCUGUUGGCUGCCGGCGGCGUCUCCCUGCACCGCCCGGCCCCAGCGUUGUGCCCGCGGCUCUGCCGGGGACACCGGGGACACCGGAGCCGCCUGUUGCUUGGUUAUAUCCACAAAACAUCCCCGUGCCGGGGCCUGGCUGGGGUAUCCGCUUACGCAGGGGGAACAGCUGAGCCUCCUCACUCCCCACCCUGCCCUUGGCAGCUCAUCAGAUAAAGCCCAGCCCGGACUCGCCGCUGUCAUUGUCCCCUCCAGGCCCUACAAGGGUUGUUGGACUCAGCCCGUGUGAUCCGCAGGUUUUUCCCCUUGGCAGUCGCAGCUCUAGAUAGAUAUUUAUACACCCAACUUGUGCGAAUUAGCAGCAUUCCUCUCCGACUGAGUCAAAAAUAAAGGCGCUUCAUGGAAAAAAAAAAGAGAGAGAAAAAGAAGCUCUGUUCCCGAAGGAUGGACCAGCGCUGUUAUUUUAAACUCGAUUUCUGCAGCCCCGUGGCCAGCGAGCCAUGGGCAAGGUGGCGGUGACAGUGACGGGGCGGUGGCACCGGGCGAUGUCGCAGGCUGCGGUGCGCGCUGCUGGCUCCUUUCGGGGCACGUAAAGCCGAGACUUCCUGAGAGGCGAGUGGCGACUUCCUGGGCACGGCAGGAGCCCGAGCGGGCAGAGGGACCUGAUGGCACAGCCCGAGCCCCCUCCAGAGCUGCAGCUGGAUGAAGCCAGAGCACCCUCAGCCCCACAGGGAGCAGCUGAAGGAGGUGCUCCACACCCACAGUGUCCUCACACCCCGCUGGAUCCAGCAGGGAACGGAUCCAAACCCCUGCACAGGGGCAGCCCAGACUCCAACCAGGAGCUGCAAGCUCCCAGCAGAGAUCCUCCCUCGGAGCAAAAUGCAGCAGGGACCCAGCUGGAUGAGGAUGCAGCCAGGGCUGGGAUCCCACUGGAUGUGGACGUGGCAGGAGUCCCGCUGGACGUGGAUGCAGGUGGGGCAGGAAUCCCACUGGACAUGGAUGCAGACGGAGUAGAGAUUCCACUGGACGUGGAUGCAAGUGAGACAGGGACCCCAGGGGAUGCGGAUGCAGCAGGAAUUCUGCUGGAUGUGGAUGAAGGUGGGACAGGGAUCCCGCUGGCCAUGGACACAGACAGGGCAGGGAUCCCAGACAACGCAGACGGGGCAGGGAUCCCGCUGGACAUGGACACAGAGGGAGCAGGCAACCCUCUGGAUGCUGAUGCCACAGAGCACCAGUGCCUGACCCUGGAAGAGCUGGGGAAUUAUUUCCAGGAGUGCAUCGAGAUCGUGGAGCAGCUGGAGAGGGAGAGGGACAGGCUGAUCGCCGAGCUGGCGCAGCUCCGCGAGCCGGCGCUGCAGGAGAUCCGCCAUGCCCACGAGGAGAUCCAGGCAGCCUGCAGGCUGCUGGCCAAGGUGGAGCUGGAGAGGGACAACCUGCGGGAUGAGAUCCGCCAGAUCAAGCAGAAACUCUUCAAGGUGACCAAGGAAUGCGUGGCCUGCCAGUACCAGCUGGAGAGCCGCCGGCACGACCUCUCCCAGCACGCCGCCUACCAGGGCGAGCUGGAGAGCCAGGCUGGGCAGCUCUCGGGGGAACUGUCCCAGCUGAAGGAAACCUGCGAGAAGGAGAAGGAAGUUCUGAGGCAGCGCCUGGAGGCUCCGCCCUGCCGGCAGGACAACCUGUACCUCCAGGAGAGCCGCCGGCUUUCCGUGGAAUUCGAGAGUUUCGUGGCCGAGAGCCGGCGGGGGCUGGAGGAGCACUACGAGCCUCAGCUGCUGCGGCUGCUGGAGCGGCGUGAGGCCGGGGCCAGGGCGCUGCAGGAGAUGCAGGGAGAGAUCCAGGGCAUGAAGGAAGCCCUGAGGCCCUUGCAGGGUGAGGUCAGCAGGCUGAGGCUGCAGAACCGCAGCCUGGAGGAGCAGAUUGUCCUGGUCAAGCAGAAAAGGGAUGAGGAGGUCGGGCAGUACCGGGAGCAGGUGGAGGAGCUGGAGGACAGGCUGAAGGAGCUCAAGAACGGGGUGCAGCUCCAGCAGCGCAAGAACCAGGAGCUGGAGGAGCUCAGGACCAGCCUCCACCGGGAGCUCUCCAUCUACAAGAGCUGCUUAGAAAUCUACGGCCACCUCUGCAAAUCAGAGGAAAAAGCAGAGCAGGACUGUUAAAACCAUGGAAUUUUCCUCUUUGUAGCAAAAACCUGUGGACAGAGGAUACAAGGGAUGUCUCCUCAUGCUGCUUUACCCUGCCUGAUGUGCAGCAGCUGCCUGGAGCCAGGAAUACCAGACAAUCCUUUCCCUGGGUAUUUCCCCAGGUACUGCUGCUGCUUGUGUUACAAAACUGCUUUUCCCCAGAGGAGCUGAACAAUGGAUAUGGAUGAGGAAAAACUGAUUGUUUUGCUGUGUUUGAGAAAAUGUUGUCUUGGCCCAGAUUGUUUAAGCUUGUACAGAAGGUUCUGGAAGCUGGUGUUAAGGGGGGUUGAUUUUUAAAGUUUACAUGCAAGAGAAGCUUUCUCCUUUGAAGGGGAUUUUCUUUUGUAUUUCAAAAGUUUCUGCUGUAUUGGGACAUGCUCCACAGAAAUGAGGUGGUGGGGAAGAGAUUUCCACUUUAUAUCAAGUCUCACACUGAAAAUAAAAGGUCAGAAUUUAAGGA